AUGCUGGGUUCCCUCGUGGUUCCCCCCGCCAUGGAUCUCCCCAUCGAGGUGUAUAGUGUUGCCCUAGAACUACCUCGGCUCGUGAAAAGCUUCACGUUGUCAUACAAUUUCACAUUUGAGCGAUUCCUUGUAGAAAGUGACCCAGUUCCCAUCGUGGAAAUCCCGAUCGGCCGUCAGGAACCGUCUGUCUCGUUGAACGUCCUUGGGUUUGCGCCGUGGAGCAGCUGCACACCCGGCACCGAGCUGCUCUUAGGCGAGGAUGCAUGUCCUCCAGAGAAGUCGGACAAGGAGACGACUUCUAUUUCCCGGAAUGAAUUCUCGCUCGUGUCCGUGCGGCUCGGGACUCCGAUCUCCCCAGUCCCUUCGGCCCUUCGACUCGGGUCGGUGAGUCUCGGAUUCCACGGAAGUCUUUCCUUCGCGACCGCAAUGAAAAGCGCUUUUUCGUCUCUGCUGGUCGUCUGCCUCCUGUCUUCCGUCUCGGCCUGGCUCGAAAUCGAACUACUCGGCUUCGACUCCGACCAUCCACAAACGUGUCACUCUGAGAAGAUGGGAGACAUGAACCAGAACGAAGUGAGAUUCGGGGAAAAUGGCUGCUUCCAGGCCGCAUGCCUCAUCGGCGAAAACGAGCAGGGCAUCUGGGAAGCCAGUGUCCAAUACAGAGGAUGGGACGAGGUCGACAUUCGGUCUGAAGACAUCCGAGAUCCCGUGGGACGCAGUGACAUAGAGGUUGCUGAACAGAAGGAAGUGUUUCGCCUUAGUUCUUCCAGGGACACGAUUAGCAAGACGCCUGCUCGGAGACUGAAAGCCGACUGGGGUCGUGGUGGGGGAAACGUCCGGGGAAAGCGUCUCGUACCCUGGACUUCUCGCAUCGGAGGAGGGAGAGGGCAACAUGAGACUAUCAUCACCGCCGUUUUUACUCUGGCCGUGCACUGCCUCGAGGCGAUGUCAAAGGAUGCCACCCGAGGCACGAAAAGCGAUGGCCACAGAUGGGGACAGAUGGAUACAGAUGGGUAUCCGUGCCUCCAUGGGGUACGUGAAAUCUCUUGGGAACCGAGGAAAGUAGCCAUGAGCCGAAAAGCCGAAAUGGUGGUUCACUCCCUCGAAGAAGGAAGACCCGAGAGAAUGCACCGAUCUCUUUCCUCGGCCGACCCGAAGUCCGUGCCAAGGCAUCGGAAAAGAGAGUUCGUGGAGUCUCUGAUUCGGCCACGAAAGAGAUUCGGCUCGAGUGAAGGGCGAAACGCUCGAGAUCGGAUCCUCGGGAGGCAUCGGGAGCACGCCGGAGACGCGUACGUGAGGCGUAAGACCGUGUGCUUCGUGGAGAGCCCGGGUGGUACUGCAGGAGUACGGGACGAACGGUCGAUCGCUCCAGGAAACGGAGGCGACACGGUACCAGACGAGGAGACGGUGUCGCACCGCCUCGCCACCGCCUCGUCACCGCCUCGCCACCGCCUCGCGACCGAACGGAGUUCCUGGAUCGAUACGGGUGGCAGAUCGCAGGUGCCUCGAAUGGGUCCGUCCUUCGCCUUCCGUUCGUUGGAUCCCACGUCGUGGGGUCACGGCUGCCAGUCCUUUCGCUGUCCUUUCCUUCGUCCCGGUUCCCACAGGAAGUCCCGCGACGGAGCGGUGCGAAGUCACAUGGCACCGCUCGGGAAGCAGUUUCCCAGUGCGGACCGCACCCCCUCG